CUCAGCUUCCUAACAGAAGAGGAGUAUGAGAAGCUGAUGAAGGUCUUGCAGAGGGAUGCAGACUUGCAGAAGAAAGACUCUGACCGCAUCAGACGUGUUCAGGGGUCAAUCAAGGAUGAAAAGAAGAAAAAGUUUGUAACCGGAGAAUGGUUUCAUGACGUCAAGUCUCACCGAUUCCAAGAGGAUCUACAAGGCUCAGAUCUACUUAGGGCAUCAAUAAGAAAGAAGAAGAAUCAACCUCAGAAUUCAGAAAAAGGAAUGGGCAAGAUUAGCAAAGAAGAGAUAUGGAAUGAGGCUACGUGUGCAGAGCCUGUUGCUCAUGGAGCUGAAAGUCCCACAGAUGGAAAAUGUAAACCAGAAACCGAGUCCCAGCUAACGAUUGAUUCAUUCUUUGAGUCUCUGUCAUCAACCCAGUGUGUGCCAGAAAAGAAAAGACUCAGCAAUGAUAUCCCAGCAACAGAUGGCUUACACAAUGUUACAUUUUCCUCUGCUGCUGAUGCAGGAUGCCCACAUGAGCAAGAGCAACACAUAAAAUAUGUACCAGAUUUCACAGAGCAAGUACCCCAAAAUUCCACACCAAAACUUAUUCCAUUAAGCAGAAAAACAUCUGUUCCAGGGAAAAGUCCAAAGGAAGAAGCUAGUAGUCCAAGUAAAAUACCUGUGAAAAGGAAUACAAGUAGGGAAGCAUUUAAACCAGAAGCCUCUCUACAUUUG